AUGCUCUUCCCGGGCCAACGCUUGAGGGUAUCGAAACUUCCGCUCCUUCAGAGUAAUUAUCCGUUCCUCACCUCGUCUUGCGGCUCGGGUACUACGCUUUUGCACCUGGAUACUGAUCUGCUGGCGGUCGCCGCUCAAGCUCUCUGCGCGAUCUCUCCGAAGGCGAUUACACUUCUUUCCAAGCGGCUUCUAAUCAACUGCUCCGUCUCGCGUCUCCAGCGCUAUCAUCUCGACUCAUCAAGCUUAUAUCGCCCGAAUGCCCUGCAGUGGAGCCUAUCUGAAAGCAAGGGUACUCGUAAGGAGACUUGUGUCUGCUUGCUGAGCCCGAAUGUGGAGGACAAAGCUACAAUAUUGGAUGAGGCGGAUGAACAUCAUCUCGCCUUCACCUCCAAAGGCAAGGACAAGUCGAUAGCUAUCCCGACUGAACAGAGUCAGGUCUUACGUUCUAAUGAACUGAACGAAGAUGGGUGGGCUUCGGAGCUCCAGGGAAACAUCCAUGUUUUCAACGGAGAUAUGCAAGAAUAUAUGGACAUCUUCGUACCAAGCCGGACGCCAAUGCCGAUGCGGGCUGCGCCGCCACAAAAUGUCUUCGCCAAUGUACCCGUGAACGUCCCUGAGUCUCAAAUGUACAUGCCACUAGUCGAAGGCCUACAAAUGUUGACUCAAGAUUUCGAGCAGUCGCUCAGACCUCACUUCCACAACAAUAGCAAGAAGAGAAUCAAAUUCCCGUACAAAGAACUCGAGCAUAACCAUCACAACACAGGUCCUGAUCUCAUCGCAUCUCUUCCUGGUGUGAAUGCGGUCCCGCGGUGGCGUAACAUUAGCCUGGUAAUCGAGGUCAAGAGGAAGAAGAGCCAAGAUCCUGUUGAUAAAUACGGUGCCGUGCACACCCAGACGAUGAUUCAGCUAGCGAAAAAUGCGCGAAACCUACUCCUCGUACAUCAACGGCUAUACACCAUCGUCGUCGGCAUGUACGGCCACAAGGCACGUCUCAUGCGUUUUGACCACACCUCGGCGGUAGUGUCCGCACAGUUUGACUACACACGAGAACCAGACAUCUUGCGCCAGUUCCUUUGGCGCUUCGUAAACCCAAUCUCGACUCGAUGCAAGGUUGUCGGAGAUGAUCCUUCUCUCCAUGUGCCUUCACCAGCAGAUUAUGCGUGGAUCAAUCGGGUGUUGGUGAAUCAUCAUCAACAUUCGCUUACACCAGAAGCUCAGUAUGGUUGCCGAUGGGUGACUUUCCGGGGCCCCUACGACAGGGAGGUAAGGUUCUGUAGAGUGAGGUUGCUGUUUGUGAAUCCGCGCCUCUUCUCUCGAGCCACUAGCGUGUGGGCAGCAUUCCUCGAAAACGACAACAGCGGGCGUCUCUUCAUUACAAAGGAUUACUGGCGACAGCUCGCAAGGCAGGAGUCAGAUGACGUGUUUUAUCGAUACAUCAAUGAUUUCGCUUCCCUCCGUGACCCAAGCGAACGGCCACGACUUCUGUUCGGGAUCGCAGAAUUCGGUUAUGUUAUCGAUUUAGGCGAACCAGAAGUGCCGGCGAGGCGUUGGAAGCCAAUUUCUGAUCCACAAGCAACGCAGGAUGCACACUGUUCAAGCACCUCCACGGACUCGACCGAUGAAUUCAACAUUGCCAGACCGGAGGAACCAUCGUUGAAACCCGUUGCUGGCACAGACUUUCACGGCCACUGUACUGCCUCAGCCGUUGUCCGCAAUCCUUACACAGCAUUCGUAAACGAGCGGACUCAGGUGCGAAUACUGUUGAACACAGCUGGUGCACCACUAUCUGGGUUCCGUAGGACAAGGAGAUUGGUCGAGGCGCUACGCGAUGCCAUCAUAGGCCAUCAGCGAGCUUAUGAGGCAGGUAUCCUCCAUCGUGACAUUAGCGAUGGAAAUGUGAUGUUCAACACGACUGCCGAUGCGCUCUCUGCGGGGUUCAUAUCAGAUUUUGAUCAAGCGUUCAAUUGGAAGCGAUUUCUCCAGCUGAGAGGCUGGGCUCCCACGCUGGCAAGCUGGCAGAAAUGCGUCAACGGUGGCGGUCGAGCUGGUAUCCCAGCUGUUGUUGAGUUGACUGAUCAACAGAAAGUAGAGAACAGAAUCCAGCUGGAGCGCGAUCAACUUAGUAGCAUGUUCAAAGAGAGAACAUCAAAUUGCUACUUCGUAGCAGUUGAGAUUCUCGAGGAACGCUCCCUCAAGCUGCCAAUUAUACACGAGGCCAGGCACGACCUCGAAUCGUUCUAUUGGCUUCUAUUAUGGCUAGUCCUACGACACACGGCGCACGAUCACCCUAAAGGCGCAUUUUCCUGCAGUUCGGUUUUUGCUGCUACCCGUGACGAUAAGCGGUCUAGACUCAAAGUGAAAUGGCUCUUAGAUCCAAAGGGAGACAUCGAGGUUGAAGAAAACAAUCCGCUGACCAUUCUCCUGGCGCACUUGAGACAGAUUUUCCAGUCAAACAGGAAAAGCUCAACAGUGGACAAUCAUCCAACACACGAGAAAGUUCUUACAGCGUUCUCAGACGCGUUGGCACUUCAGGGCUGGCCAGAAAGUGAUCCAGCGAGGCCGUUCCAACUUCCGAUCAAGUCACCGAAAAAGUUAAACGCGGCCACUGGACCGACUAUCACCGAGGACACUGCAACUGGACAAAUGGUCAUGACUACUGCGUCCAAUGGAGACCAAAGCUCAACUCAAGCAUAUCCUCUCUCAAAGUACAUUUCCAAGCGCAUACGGGAAAAGUCCCUAUGUAUGAAUGCACCAAGGAUUUAUGGGAGUCCCACUGUACGUGAUGAAGAUGUCGAAAUGGAAAGUGCAAACCAACACACGGCAAACAAGCGUACGGCAGACAAUCAUGAAAAUGACCACCCCGGGCCCGGGCGAAUCAAACGAAUGAAACUUCUCUUCAAUUCUUUAUUAGAUCUUUACAAUAACCAGUAA